UCCCACAUGUCACUGCUGUCCAGACCAGGACCGUCAUUGUGGUCAGUGGCAUUCGACUACAACAGACUGCUGAUACAACGCAUUAUGGAAGUAAAAUUGGCUGUGAAUGCAGGAAUGGCAUCUCCCACCAGAAUGUUAGCAGAGGAGCAGGUGCACUGUUCCAUCUGUUUGGAUGUAUUUACAAACCCUGUCUCGAUCCCUUGUGGACAUAACUUCUGCAUGGCCUGCAUUGGCAGCUACUGGAAGUCCAGUGCCCUCUUCAUGUGUCCGAUGUGCAAAAAGACUUUCUUCAAACAGCCAGACAUCAGCAUCAACACAGUGCUGAGGGAAAUCGCUGAGAAGUUUAAGGAAAUGAAAACCAACCCAGUCGCAAACCUUCAGAGGACAACACAAGCGGACCCAGGACAGAGCCCUGUGGAACUCCCCACAGAAAUUCCUGAACUAAUUCCUCCUAACGGACCGUGGGUCCAGGUGGUGUCCUGUGACGUGUGCACUGGCCCUCAGCGACAGGCAGUUAAGUCCUGCUUGGUGUGUUUGACAUCUUACUGUGAUGAGCACUUAAAGACCCACACUUCCCGCUUCACCAAACACAAGCUGAUUGAACCUGUGCAGAACCUGGAGGACCGUAUGUGUAAGAAGCAUGAGAGGUUACUGGAGCUGUUCUGUAAGAAGGAUCAAACCAUAGUGUGUGUGCUGUGCACAGAGAUGGACCACAGGGCACAUUACACUGUUCCUGUUGAACGAGAGUGGACAGAGAAAAAGGUCUUCUUGAGGAAAACUGAAGCUGAAGUACAACAGAUGAUCCAGGAGCGACUGAAGAAAGUUGAUGAUAUCAAACACUCCAUAGAGUUGAACAAGAGCAGUGCUCAGAGAGAAAUCGAGGACAGCAUGCAGGUGUUCUCAGACCUGAUCCGAGCGGUCCAGAAGGCCCAGGCUGAACUGGUGCUGGACAUGGAGGAGAAACAGAGGAAGACAGAGAGCUGGGCCAAAGGACAAAUACAAGAACUAGAGCAGGAAAUAGACGUUCUGAAACUGAGGAACACAGAGUUAGAGUAUCUCUCACAAACUGAAGACCACAUUCAUUUCCUGCAGAACUUCCCAUCGUUGAUGUCUCACCCACACACUAAAGACUGGUCUGAGACCUGUGUGUACGCGGAUCCAUGUGUGGGCUCCACCAGGAGAGCUGUGCUCAAACUAGUGGAGACUCUUACUGAAGAAGUAGAAAAACUUGCAGAAAUAGAGCUGAAGAGGGUUCAGAAGUACUCAGUGGACAUCACCUUUGACCCGGACACGGCGAACCCCUGGCUACAGCUGUCCGAGGACGGCCAUCAGAUGCGUCACCUGGGUGCAUGGCAGGACCUGGCCGACACACCUGAGCGCUUCGAUACAGUGGUGAUCACUCUCGGUCGUGAGGGACUGUCCUCAGGACGCGGUUACUGGGAGGUCCAGGUGGGCGAGAAGGACGACUGGUACAUUGGUGUGGCCCGGGCGUCUGUCAACAGAAAAGGAAGGAUUUCGGUGAGCACGGCUCAAGGCUACUGGGCUCUAGCCAUGAAGAAAGGCCAGGAAUAUCGCGUUUCUUCCUCUCCACCUCUCUUGCUCUCCAUCGAGCCCAAGCUGAAGAGAGUGGGAGUCUAUGUGGACUACGAAGAAGGACAGGUAUCAUUCUACGAUGUACAAAACAAAAGUCACAUCUACACCUUUAUGGACUCAUUCAAAGAGAAACUCUUCCCGUUUUUCUACCUCUACUGCAGCGAUAAGUCCUCAGACACCAUGAUGAUCUGUCCUGUGCAGGAGCACACUAAAGAGUGCUGAACAGUGACUCUACAGUACAGCACUGUUUCUAUACCAUUAUUAUAUGCACUUGAGAACUGCUUUCUUUAACUUUUUUCCUACUUAUUAAAUGUGACCCUGGAGCACAAAAGCAGUCACUGGGGUAUAUUUGUAGCAAUAGCCAACAAUACAUUGUACGGGUCAAAAUUAUAGAUUUUUCUUUAAUGCCAAAAAUCAUUAGCAAAGAUCAUGUUCCAUAUUUUGUUUAUUUCCUACCAUGAAUAUAUCAAAACUUCAUUUUUGAUUAUUAAUAUGCAUUGCUAAGAACUUAAUCUGAGCCACUUUAAAGGCA